CAUGGCUUUCUUUUCUGCCCAGUCCUGCUUGCAAAGGAUCCACCAAGGCCUGGUCUUUUACGAGAAGCUGCUGGGCUCAGACAUUUUCACCGGGGAGGCUUCUCUGUUCCCCCAUGGCCCUGUGGGCCAGCUUCAUGCCUCUUUGCUGGGCCUCAGGCAACUCUUGCAGCCUGAGGGUCACCACUGGGAGACUGAGCAGACUCCAAGCCCUAGUCCCAGCCAGCCGUGGCAGCGUCUUCUUCUCCGCCUCAAGAUCCUUCGCAGCCUCCAGGCCUUUGUGGCUGUAGCUGCCCGGGUCUUUGCCCAUGGAGCAGCAACCCUGAGCCCCUAAAUCCAACAGCUUAAGGGUGGCACCCAGACCUCCAUGGCUCAGCAAUGCUACAACGAAUCUAUCAGCCUAGACACCUGUGAGCCCACAAGUUAAUCAGUUUAGUAAUUUUAUGGGGACU